UUCUGGACUUUCUGCAAUUCAAAACAUCAUAUUUUUGUUUAAAGUGGAUCAUUUGCAUUGAUUGAUCAGGAUGAAACUUGAAUUGAAUCCAGAUUAUCUGCCCAUCAGAACCAGUGACGACUGCACCUCUCCUCUCCUGGAUGCUCUCUCUCUGUCUGCUGCCCUCAUUUCUCUCCUCCCACUCAUCACCGUUUAUUUCAGCCUGAUCACUUCGCCGCUGCUCGCAGUGAAACCCUCCCAGCUGAGAGCAGACGCCUUCUCCACUGUGUCUCUUUGCUCCACCUUUACUUUCCGCUUGCUGUGGCCUCUGGUUUCAGGACUUUGGAUCCUCCUCCAGCCCACCAUGCGGUCUCUGCUGGAGAGCAGCUGGUUGAGGUUUGGACCUGCAGGUCGGGACUCUCUGGACUGGUCCACUGUCCCAUCACCGCUGCCGUCCACUGACAGACAGGCUACGGGUCAAGGUUCAGGUGAAGCCAUCAUCAGCACCAGAUCCAUCACCUACAUCGCCAUAGGAACGGCUUCCUUCCUCGUCCUUUUUGUGAGCAUCCUUGGCUUUCUGAUCUGUCGGCGCCGGCGGAGCUUCCGCCUGGACGGGAAGCUGGAUCUGGCCAACGUGAUCGCCCUGGAGGAUCUGCAGGACCCGGAGAGGAACUGCGAGCUGCUGUCCUCCCUGCGCCGCAGCCAGUUUCCCAGCAGCAGCUCUGAACAGGAUGUGUCAGAUGGCGUGUUCCUCAUGGUCUACCUGCCCCCCCCUAUGAGCAAACCCUCACCAGGAUCGCCAGGGCGGCCAGCACAAGCAGCUCCAAGGACGUGGAGCUGCUGCCAUCCAGUCCUGGACCAGAGACGGGAGAGACAGAGAAAGAAGGGAUGGGAAUGAAUGAUGAAAUCGUCCUGAAGGAAGAAAAUAUGACUGAAUAAAUGUGAAAUAAAUAAGAGGACAAUAAAAGACAGAAAUCAACAAUAAAAGAGAUUCAUUAUACAAAUUAUUUCUUCUCUCUAAUGCCUCUUGGUGAGCCAGACUUCUUCAGGAAGGUCACAUGGUAGAAGAAGAGGUCACUGCUCCUGUGCAUUGAACAUAAUUCGGCUGAUUCAGAACACACCAUCAGGACAUCGAUCCGUCGAUCAGUCGAUCAGUUGAUCCAUCAAUCCAUCGAUCCAUCAAUUCAUCGAUCCGUCGAUCCAUCGAUUCGUCGAUCCGUCGAACUAUCAAUUCAUAGAUCAGUCGAUCCAUCGAUCCAUCGAUCCGUCAAUCCGUCAAUCCAUCGAUUCGUCGACCGUCGAUUCAUCGAUUCAUCGAUCCAUCGAUCCAUCGAUCCGUCAAUCCGUCAAUCCAUCGAUUCGUUGAUCCGUCGAUCCAUCAAUUCAUCGAUCCAUCAAUUCAUCGAUUCGUCGAUCCAUCAAUUUAUCGAUCCAUCGAUCAGUCGAUCCAUCGAUCCAUCGAUCCAUCGAUUCAUUCGCUGUUGAAAGGGACACUGCCACGGUUUCCCUUUAGAUGACAAUUUAAAAACACACAAACAGAACCAUGAACUAGAACUUCCUCCCUCUGUAGCCGAACUGAACCCAGGAGAUAUUUACAGGUUAAAAAGUUGAAACAUUCCUCAUUCAAAAACACCAGCAGAAAAAUCCCUGCUUGUUUUACAUUAAGGCUUGUAAAAAUGUAAAUCUGCACAAAAGAGAUUCUAUUUUUUACAUUUCUGGUUUAUCUGUUUUAUUAGCUGUAGCACGGUUGUGUUUUUUACCUUUGAACUUUCCUGCUCUUGUGUUUGAACAGAACCAGCUGGACUGAAUGUUACAGAUCAAGGUGAUUAUUUGUAUCCUGUCUUUGAAGACUAAUAAUAAAGAAAGC